AUGAACGAGAGUCGGAGGGAAGCGCUGGCGGCGGCCCCCGCGCCCACCGCCGCCGCCUCCUCCUCCUCGGCCUCAUCCAACACCACCGGCGUGGCGGGAGGCCCCGGGGCCGGACCCAAAGACGAGGCCUUCUCAAAGCUCAAGAACAAGUUUAUGAACGAGCUCAACAAGAUCCCACUGCCGUCGUGGGCCAUCGUGUCCAUCGCCUUCGUGGCAAUCAUCUUGGUGCUGGCCUGCUGCUUCUGCGUCUGCAAAAAGUGGAUAUUCAAGAAGAAGAACAAGAAGAAGGGCAAGGAUAAAGGCAAAAAUGCCAUCAACAUGAAGGACGUCAAGGACGGAGGCAAAACCGAGGCCUUGAAGGAUGAGGAGGACGCCGAGACAGGCCUGACCGAAACGGAGAAAGAGGCCGAGCCCAAGGAGGAGCAGAAACUGGGCAAAUUACAGUACUCGCUGGAUUACAAUUUCACCGAGAACACGCUCAUGGUGGGAAUCAUCCAGGCGGCCGAGCUUCCCGCCAUGGACAUGGGCGGCACUUCCGACCCGUACGUCAAAGUGUACCUGCUCCCCGACAAGAAGAAGAAGUUUGAGACCAAAGUCCACCGCAAGACCCUUAAUCCCACCUUCAACGAGCAGUUCACCUUCAAGGUUCCCUACGUGGAGCUGGGCGGUAAGACGCUGGUCAUGACGGUGUACGACUUUGACCGCUUCUCCAAGCACGACGCCAUCGGCGACAUCAAGGUGCCCAUGAAUAAGGUGGACUUCAGCCACAUCACCGAGGAGUGGCGAGACUUGCAGAGCGCCGAGAAGGAGGAGCAAGAAAAACUGGGCGACAUUUGCUUCUCCCUGCGCUACGUGCCCACCGCCGGCAAGCUAACCGUGGUGGUCCUGGAGGCCAAAAACCUGAAGAAGAUGGACGUGGGCGGACUGUCAGAUCCGUACGUGAAGAUCCACCUGAUGCAGAACGGCAAACGUCUGAAGAAGAAGAAGACCACCAUCAAGAAGAACACGCUCAACCCGUACUACAACGAGUCCUUCAGCUUCGAAGUCCCUUUCGAACAAAUCCAGAAGGUGCAGGUGGUGAUCACGGUGCUGGACUACGACAAGAUCGGCAAAAACGACGCCAUCGGCAAAGUGUUCGUGGGCCUCAACAGCUCGGGAACGGAGCUCCGCCAUUGGUCCGACAUGUUGGCCAAUCCCAGGAGACCCAUCGCCCAGUGGCACGUGCUCAAACCUGAGGAAGAGGUGGACGCGCAGCUCUCCACCAAGAAAUAG